AUGGCUUUCUAUACAUGCAGCAGGUUAGGUAGUAGAUCUAUUCUUUCAACGUUAAACAGAUUUCCUAGUGUGUUGACCAAAGUCAAUUAUGCUCAAGCGGCAUCAGGGGUUCCUAAAAUAACAUACAAAAAGUUUGAACCACCACAAGAGGAACACCCUGACCUGAGAAAUGCUAAACUGAAGAGGCCAAUGUCACCACACCUUACCAUUUACUCACCACAGCUAACUAGUAUGCUGUCUAUUACUCACCGAACCGCAGGUCUGAUCUUAUCUACUUAUGUUAGUGCACUGGGUAUUGGUGCAUUGAUGCUACCUAAUGAUAUUUCUCAUUAUAUCACUAUGAUUGAAGGUCUCAAUUUGUCACCUGCUACAAUUUUCCUUGCAAAGGCGGUGCUUGCUGCCCCAUUCGGAUUCCACUUUGCUAAUGGCAUCAGACAUUUAUACUGGGAUACUGCUAAAGGCCUCACCAUCAAAGAAGUUUAUUCAACGGGAUAUGCUAUGUUAGCAACUGCUCUUGCUGCCACACUGUUCUUAGCUGCGUUAUAG